AUGGCGCCAAUUAAGCGCAAGGGGAAUGCCCCCGAAGAAUCCAAUGGAAAACGUGCCAAGGUCGGCGCAGAGGAGGGCAAGAAAGACUACAAGAAGUCUAACGAUGCCACAUCCACCGCCGCCAAAGCGUCAGAGCUUUCAGUGCUGCGUGACGACGAACCUUCAUUCCCUCGUGGUGGUGCCAGCAUAUUGACACCAUUGGAACGCAAGCAAAUUCAGAUCCAGGCCAAUCGAGAUGUUCUGUUCGAACAGAAGGGGACCCAAAAGCCCCCUCAGAAGAAGACUUCUGAUGAGUUCGACGAUGAUAGCGACAACGACGUUGAGAUGGAGGACGAGCAGACUGCUGCGCCCGCCAAGAAGUCGCGCAAGAAGAAGACAAAGGGCAAGAAGUCGGCAGACAAGGAGUCUGGUGAUAAGCAAGAUGUUCGCAUCGAAGGUCUUAGCUUCAAGCGCAUUGUCCCCGGUGCCAUGAUUCUCGGUCAAGUUUCCAGCAUUAACGCCCACGAUUUAUGUCUUUCGCUGCCCAACAACCUUGUCGGAUAUGUUCCCCUCACCUCCAUCUCGAAGGGACUCGAAGACAAGAUUGAGAAAAUGUUGAACGACGACGCUGAAGAUGAUGAAGACAGCUCGGAUGAGGAGUCUUUCGAUCUUAAGGAGCACUUCUAUAUUGGUCAAUAUCUGCGAGCAUUCGUGGUGUCCACCGGCAACAACCCUGAGGACCCCAAGGCAAAGAGCAAGAAGCACAUUGAGCUUUCAAUCGAUCCUAGACAAACAAACACCGGAUUCUCAAAGUCCGGUCUUCUCGCGAACUCGGCCGUCCAGGCGUCCGUUGUGAGUGUAGAGGAUCAUGGUGUGGUCAUGGACCUCGGAAUUGAGGGCGCAGACCUGAAGGGAUUCAUGUCUUCCAAGGAGAUUGAUCCUCGUGUUGAGUACUCCAAUAUUAAGGAAGGAUCUGUUUUCCUCUGUAUGGUCACUGGCCAAAACACCAGCGGCAAUGUCAUUAAGCUGUCUUCUAACUACCAGGCAUCCGCCUCAAUCAAGAAGUCCAACUACCUCAGCUCAGCCCCCACAAUCAACACCUUCCUGCCCGGUACCGCUGCAGAGAUUCUCCUUACCGAAGUCACAUCGAACGGCAUGAUUGGAAAGAUCAUGGGUAUGCUUGGUGCAACCGUUGAUCUGGUGCAGUCCAGCAUCAACGGUAAGGUCGACUUGGAAAGAAAGUACAAAAUUGGCGCAAAGAUCAAGGGUCGUAUCAUCUCGACUUUCCCGGCUGCUGAACCUUUCAAGGUCAGCUUUUCUUUGCUCGAUCAUGUGCUCAAGCUUUCGACCGAUUCUAGGGGGCCUGGCUCCUCGGAUGACUCGCCUGCAAUUUCUGCCAUCAUUCCCGAGGCCACAGUCGUGAAGGUCGAUCACGGUCUGGGUUUGUAUGCUCGUAUUGGAGAGACCAAACACAUGGGUUUCGUUCACAUGUCAAGACUGUCAGACGGCAAGGUCGACACCAUUGAGGAAACCGCAGGGCCUUUCAAGUUGGAAGCUGUGCACGAGGCACGAGUCAUUGGAUACAACUCGAUGGAUAACCUCUACAUUCUUUCGUUCGAGAAGAGUGUUAUUGAACAGCCAUUCCUUCGUGUUGAGGAUGUGAACGUUGGUGCUAUCGUAAAAGGAAAGGUGGAGAAGCUUCUCAUCGGUGCCAAUGGCAUGGAUGGAUUAAUCAUCAACCUCGCCGAUGGAAUUACCGGUCUUGUUCCAUCUAUGCACUUUGCAGACACUCAGCUUCAAUUCCCUGAGAAGAAAUUCCGCGUGGGUCAGAAGCUUUCCCUCCGAAUCCUGUCUGUGAACCUGGAAAAGCGCCAGAUUCGCUUGACGCUCAAGAAGAGCUUGCUUAACAACGAGUCUGCAAUCUGGAAGGACUACGCGGACAUCACGCCUUCGUCUCAGUCCCCCGGUACCAUUGUCAAUCUCCAGAACCAUGGAGCGGUUGUUCAAUUCUACGGCGAUGUCCGUGGUUUCCUUCCUGUUUCCGAAAUGAGUGAAGCCUACAUUCAGGAUCCAACCCAACACUUCAGACUUGGCCAGGUCGUCAAUGUCCAUGCCUUGAGUGUGGAUGCAUCUCUCGGCAGGCUGGCUGUUUCUUGCAAGGAUCCCUCGACGUUCACCGAGAAAUACCGCGAGGCCUUCGAAAACCUUCACCCGGGUCAUCUGGUUUCCGGAACCGUCUUCGAGAAGUCCAACGACGACGUACUCCUCAAGCUCGAAGAGUCAGGUCUCGUGGCUCGUCUCGACUCCCAGCACAUCGUUGACGGUUCUUCCACUAAGCAAAACUCCAUGAUGUCCAAGAUCCGUGUCGGACAGAAGUUGAACGACCUUUUGGUUCUAGACAUUCAGCGUGCUCACCGUCUCAUCAAGGUUUCUAGCAGAGCUAGCUUGAAGAAGGCUGCCGUGCAGAAGAACAUGCCUGGUCAGUUCGAAGAGGUGCAAGAAGGCUCCACCGUCACUGGUUUCGUCCGCAAUAUCACCCCCGAUGGCAUCUUCGUCGAGUUCCUUGGUGGUUUGACCGGUCUUCUCCCCAAGCGUCUGAUUAAAGACGCCAACCUCGAGCAGCCCCAUUAUGGCAUGUUGAAGUCACAGACCAUUGUUGUCAAUGUUCAGUCUGUCGACCUGGACUUCAAGCGCUUUGUGCUGAGCAUGAAGCCCGUUCAGGCCACUCAGGCCGCUCCCAAGAAGUCCGCCAAGCAGACCGAUGACGCUGUUGCGAACGCCAUUGACAGUAACAUCAAGAGCAUGUCCGACUUCUCCUUCGGUAGGGUUGUUGAGUGCAAGGUCGUCUCUGUGAAGACAACCCAAGUCAACGUCCAACUUGCAGACAACAUCCAGGGUCGCAUUGAUGUGUCCGAAAUCUUUGACGACUGGAAGGAAAUCAAAGAUCGCAAGCAGCCCUUGCGAUUCUUCAAGUCCAAGCAAACUCUGACCGCCAGAAUUCUUGGUGUUCACGAUGCUCGCAACCACAAGUUCCUCCCUAUCAGUCACCGCACUGGAAAGUACCCCGUGUUCGAGCUCUCUCUGAAGCCUAGCUACCUGAAGGCCGCCAACCCUGCCCCCUUGAACAUUGAGCAGGUUCAGGUUGGAACUUCCUGGAUGGGCUUUGUCAACAACAUUGCCGAUGACUGCCUCUGGGUCAACCUUUCCCCCAACGUGCGCGGACGACUCCGUUUCAUGGAUGCAUCCGAUGACCUGUCUCAACUUACUGACGUGGAGAAGAACUUCCCCGUUGGCUCUGCUUUGAAGGUUCAAGUCACCGCUGUCAACACCGAAAAGGGUCAUCUUGACCUUUCUGCCAAACAAGGCUACGACAAGCUUGCUUUCGGUGAUAUUUCCGUCGGCAUGACCCUGCCCGGUCGUGUUACCAAGGUCACCGAGAAGCAAGUCAUCAUGCAGCUUGGCGAGGCACUUGUCGGCGCGGUCAACCUGGUUGACCUCGCGGACGACUACUCCAAGGCUAACCCUACUAUGCAUAACAAGAACGAAAUUCUUCGAGCCUGUGUCAUCGCUGUUGACAAGUCUAGCAAGAAGAUUUCAUUGUCUUUGCGUCCCUCCAAGGUUCUCAGCUCUUCGCUACCUGUCCAGGACCGUGAAAUCACUUCGCUGAAGGAGGUCAAGCCGAACGAUGUUGUUCGCGGCUUCGUUCGACGUGUCACCGACGCCGGUCUCUUUGUCGCAAUCAGCCAUGAUAUCACUGCCUACGUCCGUGUGUCUGAUCUUUCUGACUCCUACCUGAAGGAGUGGAAGGAAGCAUUCCAACCUGAUCAGCUCGUCAAGGGCAAGGUCACUUUCGUUGAUGCCGAACACGGCAAGCUUCAGAUGAGCUUGAAGGAGUCAGUUCUUGACCCCAACUUCAAGGCUCUCCUCACCCUCAAGGACUUCAAAGUCGGACAAAUUGUCACCGGAAAGGUCCGCAAGGUCGAGGAGUUCGGUGCUUUCAUCGUCGUUGAUGGAUCUUCAAACAUCAGUGGUCUUUGCCAUCGCAGUGAGAUGGCUGACAAGCGUGUUGAGGAUGCCCGCACCCUCUACGAUGAAGGCGAUGCUGUCAAGGCUAAGAUCAUCAAGAUCGAUCAGGAGGCGAAGAAGAUCUCCUUCUCACUCAAGGCUUCCCAUUUCCAAGAUGAGGAAGAUGAUGAUAGUGCGGAGGAAGAUGACAUGAGCGUUGACGGCCUCGGUGGUGUCGAACUCGGCGAGGACGAUGACGAGGACGAGGACGAAGACGACGAUGAGUCCAUGGGAGGAGUUGAUGUGGAGGAUGAUAGCGAGGAGGAAGAAGACUCUGAGGAUGAGGAUGGAGAUGUCACAAUGCAAAAGCCCAGCAAGACCGGCGGCCUUGGUGCCAGCGGCUUUGACUGGAGCGGCAACACUGAGGCUGGUGCUGCAGGCUCAGACAGUGACGCCGAGGAAUCCAAGACCAAGAAAAAGAAGAACCGCAAGCCUGAGAUCCAGGUUGACCGUACUGGCGACCUGGAUGCUAACGGUCCCCAGUCCGUUGCUGACUUUGAACGUCUCCUUCUCGGUGAGCCCGACUCAUCUCUCCUGUGGCUUCAAUACAUGGCCUUCCAGCUGGAGCUGGGUGAGGUCGAGAAGGCCCGUUCCGUCGCUGAGCGUGCCCUGCGCACCAUUACUAUGGGCCAGGACAGCGAGAAGCUGAACAUCUGGGUCGCCCUUCUCAACAUGGAGAACACCUACGGUGACGAUGACAGUCUCGAGGAGGUGUUCAAACGUGCUUGCCAGUACAACGACCCCCAGGAGAUCUACGAGCGCAUGAUCAGCAUUUACAUCCAAUCUGGAAAGAACCAGAAAGCCAGUGAUCUCUUCUACGAUGCUCUCAAGAAGAAGGUCUCCUCCCAGUCCCCCAAGUUCUUCUACAACUACGCCAGCUUCCUCUUCGACACCAUGGCCUCCCCAGACCGUGCCCGCGCUCUCCUCCCGCGUGCUUUGCAGUCGCUCCCCGCGCACACUCACGUUGAGACGACCUCCAAGUUCGCGCAGCUCGAGUUCCGCUCGGAGAACGGUGACGUCGAGCGUGGUCGCACUGUGUUCGAGGGUCUGCUGUCCUCCUUCCCCAAGCGCAUCGACUUGUGGAACGUGCUUCUCGACCUGGAAAUCAAGGUCGGCGAUGCGGAGCAAGUGCGCCGUCUCUUCGAGCGGGUCCUUGGCCUGCAGAGUGGCAAGAAGGGUGUUGUCUCCAUUGACUCUAACAAGAAGCUGAAGCCCAAGCAGGCUCGCUUCCUCUUCAAGAAGUGGCUUGAUUUCGAGGAAAAGCUCGCUGCCGACAACGGUGACGAGAAGAUGGUUGAGGAGGUCAAGGCCCGCGCCGUCACCUACGUCAAGUCCCUUAAGGAGUAA